CUGCUGGAACGAUGUCUUCAAGUCAACUACUUCCCCGUAUGAAACGCGAACUAGGUAGAGUUCAUAUAUCCUUCGUACGCGUCAUUUGUUAUACAGAGCUGCCAGUUAAGAUAAUGCGUCGACUAUCACUAUUCAUAGAAAUGUUGGAACGGGACGCACCGCCUGGCAUUGUGUGCUACCCAGCAGACGACAGUUUCAUGCGAUUUUGCGCCCAGAUAAAGGGACCGAAAGACACACCAUACGAGGAAGGCAUGUUUAAAGUAGACGUGCAAAUUCCCGCACGCUACCCCAUGGAACCACCCAAAAUGCAAUUCGUCACACCAAUCUACCACCCGAAUAUCGACGACGCUGGAAGAAUAUGCCUUGAUAUACUAAAAAUGCCACCUAACGGAUCCUGGAAACCUUCUCUAAAUAUUUCUACUACGUUAACUUCUUUGAGUCUUUUGAUGGCAGAACCCAAUCCGGAUGACCCACUUUUAGUUGAAAUUGCUAGUGAAUAUAAGGAAAAUCGAUCCUUGUUUCUUCGUAAAGCACGAGAAGCGACCUCAAAGUAUGCAGUUGAUGACAAGAAAACUCGUAACACAAAGGGUGAUGUUGAAAGUCCCGAAUCUAUACUGUCGACCAACGCUUGCGUUAUAAAAGAUACUGAAAAUUCCGAAUCCAUACCACCGACUGAUGUCCCUGUUCUAGAGAUACAUUCAAGGGAUAUUACUCAAGAAUGCACAGUGGAUUCCAAUGACGAAGGUGCUUCAAAAACUCCGGAGGGUGCACUAACAGUUGACGGUCGCAUCUCGCAAACAAUUCUUGAACCAUUUUGUGCACAAGGUUGUAACAUGAGGGACGACAAAGGACCGACGGUGGAAUUCGGCAAUCUGGAUCGUUCCGAGAAAAGAAAGCCUUUUGGUGAUCUUACUAAUCAAAAGGACAGUCUGAAAGUGAAUCGUUCAAAAAAGUCAUUAAGUGAAAUUAUCAAAAAACAUUCAAGCGAGAGAAAACCUUUGGGUGACCUUACCAAUCGAAGUACCAACGUAACUGUGAAUCAGAUUUCGGGAACAAAGGUGCGGGCAGAAAAAAGGAAGCUUUUAGAAGACAAUCUGCAGCAAACUUGUGAUGCGGCAAGUGCAAUGAAUAAGCUUCCAGAGGCUGAUG